UCUUCUGGAUCUAUCAUAUAUACAAGACGAAGUGAAAAUAUUUGUCAGACGAAUAGUUCGGAGAGAUCAAGAAUUUAAAUUAAUCGUUUCAAUUAAUAAGUCGAAUAAGUCUUUGGUCUCUAAAUGAUGAUGGAGGAAAAUGUAAACAGUCAACACGUUGAACUUGUUAAAUUGACAUGUCCCGUUAUGCGCAUAAUAGUAUUUUUGUGCCUCGUUGUUUUUGGAAGCAAAAAUCUUAUUUAGUACGAUGUGGAAUAGAUCGACAUUGAAGUUACUCGUCUGUGCUUUAUCCGCGGUAAAAGUGCACUGUUAUCGUGAAGAAGAUGAGCUGUGUCCUCGCAAAGAGCCCCCUCCUGGAGUUUUGGUAUUGAAAAUAGGAAGCAAUGUUGUGCUGGGCUGCCGAGGUGAUGUCACUGUGAAUGAUGUGCCAUUGGUUUCGGCCACAGUGGUGCAUAAAAAACACAGAAAUAGGUCAGAAGUUUUAAAUGUUGGCUUUACAACCCAAAGCGAUUCCAUAUAUGUUGAUGAUAAUAGUAUACAUCAGAUCAAAGCAAGUUCUACAACUGGAACAAACACAAAGACUUCCAGAAUUUAUACCGAACCUAAAGAGAACACAACGGUCACUGUUAAACCUUCUGUAACUAUAAGAAAGGAUCGACCCCCUUCAAGGCAUGUCUUGCGUGAUGUUGAUCAACCCACCCAAUCAGAGAGGCCCGGUAGAGCUAGACAGGAGGAGGCGUAUGGGGUUACCAUGGGAACAAACUUCUUUUCAGAGGAAGAUGAAUAUGAUGACUAUGAUUACGAGGAGGAAAGAUCCAGGGUGACCAGGGGCAUCAAAAAGCGAACGCGAUGGACUCUGAAUGGCCGACAAGUGCGUGUGGGUGUGGAAAGGGGAGGGAUUUUACGGCUUCCCCAUCUCAGCUUGGCCAAUGCUGGAAAUUACAGCUGCUAUAGAGGAGACAGACUGAUUUCAACUACUAACAUUAGUGUGGGGGCAUCCCCAGAGAGACCCACGAUCUUUUGCUACAGGAAGUCUCACACUAGCAAGGUCCGCUGUGAUUGGACAUCUAAAGAACCAAUAACCCCACUGCCACUUUGUUACCUACUCCUUAAAACUGGAUUCUGGGGUAAUGUCACUCGUAUUCAUUGUUCAUUCUCUCGUUCGCGGUGUUGGUGUGCUUUCCCCGUGGAGGAGGGCGACAGAACGCUCCAUGUGGCAACACUUUGUGUCACAAACACAGUGGGCAGCGCCACCAGCCCUGAAAUCCUCUUCAAGCUACAAGACAUCAUUAAACCAGACCCUCCUACCAAAGUGGAAGUGAGAGCAGUUGAGGGUAAGAACCACAUGUUUAAAGUGUCCUGGUCUUAUCCCAGAUCUUGGAAAAAUGUCUACUAUACCUUGCACUUCCAUCUGAGAUACCGACCACAACAGGCAGAGAAGUACCAGACAGUGUGGAUAAAAGAAACUCUGGACAGAAGACUGUCUUGGAUGAUUUUUGAUGCUCUGCCACACACUAUGUAUGAGAUUCAGAUUCAAGCCAAAGAUGAGUUUGAUGGCCUUUUGAGUGACUGGACUGACACUGUGUUUGGAAUGACCUGGUCAAACAACAAUAUACAUAUUGCUCCUGAGACUACUACCACCUUUGGAAGCAACAGCUUGGAGAUGUUUCCUGUAGAUUCAGGGGGAUCUGGAGAAGGUCCUGGUGUAGGUGCAGAGGUCAUAGUUGGAGCUGAUGAUAGCGAUGCAGUGGGGCUCUGUGUGUCAGCAGUUUGCGGGCUGUGUUGUUUUGUAGCCCUCAUGAUGCUCACAGUUUAUUUCUUCAGGCAUAGGCUACGGUUAAUGUCAACAGUAGGGAAAGAGAGUUUGGCCUUUUCUUCCCUCCCUCGUUCUCCCCCUCUUCCUCCUCCCACACUCUCUGUGCAGCUUCCAAAAGAGGGAAAUUCUCUGAUGUCUCCUAUCAACCACAACCAGCAACGUUUCCUUCCGGAUCAGCAAGAGGAACAGGAGGGCAUUCACCUGCAUAACAUACACUACUUCCUGACCCUGGCGACUGAGGGUGUGCCCUUGACUAUAAGCUCUUCUUUACAAGAGACAUGAAGAAAUAAACCAAACAUUUGUUGCAGUGAAUACACUGUGGUUAUUUUUAAAAUGUUUUGUUAUUGUAGGCCCUAUAACCAAAUCAAAUCACAAUCAUAAGUACCAAUGAUUUGUUGCUUUAUUGAUAUGUUUGGUUAUAAUGUUAUACAAUGCUACCCAUCAGCUGCUGAACAGUACCACAUAGCUAAAAUGCUUUUUAUUAGUUGUUCUAAAAUUGGUUGCCAACUGCCAAGUGUCUUUAUAUUAGUGUUUCUAACUAUACCAAGUGAUAAAAACCUUCACCUACUGGGAAGAAAAAAUGGCCUUCUUGACUAAAGAGGUAAAACAAUAGUUUUCUACUUGAAACCCUUAUAAAAUUUCUGUAACUGCAAAUUCAGUCAAGGGAAACUGUGGUGUUAUUGCUUUGAAUGCAUUUGUUGAAAUGCAAUAAAAUAUUGCAUUGUGUGCAAUGUUUUAGUGUUAGCGUUUCUUGUAAAAUACAAAGAGCAGCACCGAAUCUUCUGAAUGAUAUUUCAUUUUUUGUACAGUAUUUUUACAAUACCUAUUGGUUCAAAGCAGUUUAUUACAAUGGUGUGUGUGUGUGGAAAAUCAAGAGAAUGCACACGUGUUGGUAGUUUGAAUUAUUGACUGUUAUAAUCCUGUUGCUUUUGCCUUAAUGCUGUAAUGGAUUUAUGUAGUCAGCAAAUGAUGUUAGAUUUCUAUAUAUAGCCUACACAUUUGGGGGUUUUUCAAGCACUUUAUUAAAACUUCUCUUUGUGUUGAACGACAUGCAUCAUCAUGUGUAAUUCCUCAAAUUUAAACUACAUAGUUUCCAAAUAAUUUAUGGGAUAUUCUGAUUAAACAGGACGUUCCGAGGUUUUAGUGCGUUUAAAUGGUUUGCAACUGUUUAAAUGGCGCCACCUAGAGCAAACUUCAUGAACUUCACUGGUGAUUACACAAUAUCCACGUUAUAAUUUUACCAUGUCAUUAAUUCUUUUUUAUUCAAUUUCAUCCUAAAUGUUAACAUUUUAAAGUGCUUGCCAAGUAUGAAAAUUGACACCAAUUUCAACAAAAAUGACAACAUCUGGUGCACUUAUUACAGGGAUGGUUAAAAAUGAUGAACCCUCAGUAAAUAUAAGUUAAUGAAAGUGUUCAAUAAGUUACUUUAGUAAGGUUUUGUACUUUAUUGUUCCUAAUGUGCAACAAUGUCAGUGCACUACUCAAAACAUUUUACAGACCAUAGACAUUUCAAUUUUAGACAAUUCAUCCAAAAUGUAUGAGAAAGUGAGAUACAAUCAGCACAAAGUCGCCUAUGAACCAUCAUAGUCUUUUAGGGGGGUAUUCCAGAAAGCAGGGUUAACUUACCGUCAGCUAAACCCUGACCUCUGGGUUGAUAUAACCCAAAUCUUGCUUAUUCUGGGUAUGUCGGUUGCAGAACACGUUUGAAGGGUGAGUUUAAUCAACCGCUCGAGAGAUGUCAUGGUCCUGCCUUCUUGUUCAUGAUUUUCUAGUCUUGGGGCAGGAUCGUGACAGAUCCCUUGUGUUUAUGUUUAGUGUGAGAAGCCAUGGGGUGUUUAUCUUUUGAUAUUCCAUGUGCCUUCUCGUGUCUUGUCAUUGGCCCCGCCCCUCUCGUUUCCUGUAUUGUUUCCCGGCCGU